AUGAGGCGCUUCUCGCUCUUUCCCUGGCUCGCCUUUACCGCGCUGGCCGCGUUUUACGUGUCCCUGGCUACGGCGGUCUCGGGCCAAGAACCUUUGAACAUCCAAGAAAAGACUGCGUACAAGCUAGGACAGGCGAUACCAGUCAGCUGUUUGAAUAGGACGAUAGAUACCGGCGAGCAUAUCACAAACGCUCAAGGAGAGCUACAAUACAUACCCUUUCCGACGUGCAGCGAGACGGGCAGACCGCUGGAGCUUUACUUCGGCGUCGAGAAAGACGUCAACUGCACAAUCGACUUCAUCACCGACCCGCUCUUCCACCUCCUCGAAUUCUACGUCCACAACGACGCCCCCCUAACCUGCCGCAUCCCCUCGCGCCCCCUGCCAUCCUCCUCCUCCACCUUCUCCCCCUCCGCCGCCGUCGACGCAUCCGCCCCCGCCGGCACAGCCUACAUCCCCCUCAUAAUCGCACUAGGCGGCAUCCUCCAAUCCUCCCACAUCCACGUCGCGAACAACCUCAACGUGCUCCUGCACGCCGCGCCCCUAGCCCUAGCCCCAGGGACCAUAGAAGCAGCAACAGCAUACAGCGUGCAUACGCUCACGCAGCACACGCGCAUCGUCAUCGGCGACAGUCUGCCGCUGCGGCUGAGCGUGCGCUGGUACCCCACCACGGCGCUGCCGAGUGGGUGGACCGGGUACGGCGGGCAUUUGUACCUCAGCACGCUGUUUUAUUGCGGGUGCAGCGCUGGUGCCGCAACGUUGAUUUGCAUCGCGUAUUUCAGGGGGGUCGAGCUGCCGAGGAGACUCAGGAGCUAUGGGAAGGAGAGAGCGUUUGGGAGCGAGGGGGGGAGGUACGGGGGGUAUGGCUAUGGGGUUGCGAAUGGAAAUGGGAAUGGGUAUGGGAUUGGGAAGAGGGAUUAA